UAAUAAAAAGUUAAAUAAGGAAGUUUACAUACUGAAUCGUGUAGUAAACAACUAUGUUAAACAGUUUUGUAAAAGGAUAAAUCAAUACCCCGUAACAAUAGUGGACUUGGGUUUUCCAAUGUUCUCUUGUGUGUAUUAUAUCGGUGAUCAAUGGAUCAACGUUCAUACAUAAACUGUAUGGUACGACUGGUUACAUGACGCUACAAACAAACAUCCAGUAUAUAGGAAUUAUACUGGAGCUUGAAACGUUAACGGAUGGACGAUAAAAAGCGGUCAAAUAUGCGGGUAGAAAAAAUAACAUACAAUUGAAUGGUUGAGAUGUUCCAGUGUCGUUUAAAAUAUACAUAUACAGUUUACAACAUGGAUACAAAAUUGUGAAAAAGCGAAAUGCCGGAGAAACUAUUUAAGAAGUAAAUAGGGUAAAUAAUUAAUGCAUACAUUGGUUGACUGAAUUAUUCUAAAUAUGCCUCUAACACGACAACGUUCUAGAGUAGACGGACAUUUCUGGUACAGAACUAUUCUGAUUACUUCAGUUUCAACUAGUGGCCUAGCAUUAUUAUUGCAAUUUAUCGGAUUUGUGACUCCAGGGUGGAUUGUUCUGUCGCAACCGUCGGGGUUUACAGUGAGUGCCGGGGUCUGGUAUAUCCAGGUGUGCAAUAACUCUCCACAAUGCCGCACGGCAUCUAUGACGAGGGUCGUGAAUCCAUUCAACGUUGCCGGUGAUACGAAAAUUGAUUUUACAAACUGGGUAGAGUUACAAGUUGAGGUAACGCUGGCAUUUGUUUUGUGUAUUGCUGGUGUUUUACUGACGGUGAAUGGGUUCAUACACAUGUCACACAGUCCGAAAUCUUACCUUGGCUGGGCAGCUCUCGCAUCAGUCAUUUCCGCUGCACUGUUAAUGAUUCCAAUAGGACGUUUAUUGGACAUACUACGGCAAUGGGAUAGUUAUAUAGUGUAUUCGACGCCAUAUUCGCUGGUGGCCAGCUGCCUUGGUUGUGUAUGUGCACUUAUAUCAGCUCUUUUCAGCCUAAGUGCAAUGUGUAUGAUUCUGUAUGACAGGAAAAAAGAACGAUUGAACUCUGACGAACGUGAUGAUUUAACUUUAAAUCCAACUUGAACAAAAUACAAAUACAUUGUUGUCAGUGUUGUUGCAAAGUGUUAUAUUAAUGUUCAUUAUGAUCUGUAGAACGUAAUCAGUGUGGCAUCAGUGAUGCACAGUUCUUCACGGUGCGCUGAAUCAAGUGUGACAUCAUAGUAUGACGUCAUAUUACGUUAAGAUUGGAUACAUACAACGUUAUGGAAGUCAUCUUUAUUAUUCAUGCGCGGCUGCAACUGACCAUUCAACACGAAUUUGGUUAAAAUGAUGCGCUUAUAAAGACUAUGUAUUGUUAGAUUGAACUUUUUACCUCAAAGUUUACAUUUUUUAAGUUUUGACACAGCGUGGCGAUUUAAAUAUCUAUAAAAUAGAUACAAAGGCCUAAUGUUUAUCAUCUUCACAGGGUAAAUGGUCAUCUUCCGCGGUACCAGUUCGUACAACUGUCGAGUGAAAUUUAAGAAUUUAACAAAUCCAAAAUAAACAUGUCAGAUUUUCGUCUGCGUGUUAUAAUAGUGACUAAAUAAAUGCAAAGAUGUUCAACUGUCGAAUUCAAACAGUUUAAGAUCAAGUGAAAUCUGUCAAGAUAUAUGACCAUGUAUGUAAAUACUUAUAUGUAACCACAUCAUGUAUUUUCGAUCGUUUUGAGAUAUAAAUUUAGUAUGUUUUAUACAAUACAUUCUUUACAAAAUGUACAAUCAAAACUGUUUAUCAUAUUAAACAUUUAGUGAUAUUGUUGUUAAAGUUUAAACAGUUCUGUAUGCAAUAAAAGAAUUAUUUUGAAAAAA